UUAAAGUGUAGUAACGUGAAAUGAAUAUUUAGAUACUAUUUCACUUAAUGUUUACAAUUUGAAAUUAGAAUUUAUUUUUUUAUUUUUUAAUGGCUUUUCUCAAAAAAAAAUUUGAAGAGCUUCCAGAAGAUGCUGUCAUAAUAUCUCAAGAGCAAGCAUAUAAUUAUCAACUUAAACUUAUACAUAAUUGGGACAAACUAUCAGAAGUAUGGGCUUUAAGAUUCGGACCAGGUGUUCUAGGAGCUAUUGGAGGCUUAUCAGGAAUCUACAUUAAUAAGCACUUUAGAACUAAACUAAAACUAGGAAAUUAUGGAAAAUUUUCAACUUACUUGCCUAUUGUUAUUUUACCUGCAUUAUUUUCAACAAUCAAUCAUAAAGUUUCUAUACAAAAAUCUAUUAUUUUACAAAGUGAAAUGUGUCCCGUUUGUAUUCAAAUGCGUGCGGCUGGUUUUCAAGUCGGGUUAGGUACUAUUUAUCCAGCAGUUAUAGCACCAUUUGCAACAUUAAUGUUUGCGACAAGACAUUACACAUACAGAUUACCUUCAAUAACAGAACAACCAAAAGAAGUUUUUAAAUUAAUUGCAAAAUUUUCUAAACCAUUGAGUGGUUUUAUAGCUGGUUCUGCUAUAGUUAGCAUGCUAGUUGCAAUGUAUAUAACUUAUUUGGAAAUGAAGCAAUAUUAUUCACUUCAAGAAAAAUUAGAAAAAUUAUCAGAAAAAUAUGAUCAAGAUACUUUAAUUACACAACAACGUGUGCAAAAUAUAUAGAGCAAAAUCCGAUUUCUUUUUCAAAUAGGACAAGAAAAUCGUACCAGUUGUUAACAAAACGAGAACUGAAAUAAAAGAGUAAUACAAAGGCUCGUAACUUGAAAAGCGAUUAAUUAUGUAGCAAUCAUAGAAAAUAAAAAAUA